AUGUCCGUGGAAUAUUCCUGGUCAUCGACGGAGGCAGCUCGUGGUCUGUCAUCCGAUAACAAUGAGCAGAAGCCUGCCAAGGUAUGCGGCGUCUGCGGGGACAGGGCGAAGUCCUAUCAUUUCGGCGGGAUCUCAUGUGAUAGCUGCAAGGCGUUUUUCCGACGGUCGGUACAAAAUGAAGCGUACAAAAACUUCCAGUGCCCUUACGAAGGUCGCUGUGAAAUCACUAUAACAUCUAGGAAAUGUUGUCAAUUCUGCCGAUUCCGAAAAUGCAACGAUAUCGGAAUGGAGAAAGGUUGGGUUAUGACCGAGGAAGAGAGGACCCAGCUUCUCAAGUCACGCUUGGAACGAAAGCAAAGAUUGCUCGUUGCAAAGUCAACUCCUGGCUUCCGGACGCUGGAGACACCGACGACGACUGUCAGCUCGAUAACGUCGACGAUCGCGACCCCGGCACCUAAAGAACAAUGCGCGACUUCCUCCACGACAACCUCAACGAGCGAGCCAAGCACAACGACCACGAUAGAAUCAACGUCACCUUUAAAUACGUUCUCUGAUCUCAGUCCCGAAGACGUGGCCUUGAUUGAAGAGCUAGUAAAUACGUAUCAACACUGUUCUCAUCCCUUGGAAGCCUUUCAAUCCAGGCGAAUGGUGACUCGGAGCUACGUUCUUCACCUCUUCUUCUCGGCGAUCAAGCAGUUUUCAUAUUUCUCACAGAAACUUUCAUCGUUCCGAGCGAUUCCGAUUAUGGCCGAUAAGGAAACAUUGCUCAGAUCAUCGGUGUUGGAAAUGCUUUUCCUGCGGAGCGCCUACGCCUACGAUGACCGAUUGAAAGGUUGGGUUCUAUCGCACGACCAGCCGAGGGACGUGGACGAGGCUCUUGUUUACUUGGAGGACGUGCGGGAAUUCGUCGACGACGAUCUCCUCAUCGAGAAGCACAAACGCUUCGUGAAAACUAUGCGACAGGCGGUUCCUGAGCGUGACAAUAUCAUCUACACAAUUCUCAUGGCGAUCUCUCUUCACUGUGGAGAUCGUAAAGGUCUCCUGGAUACCGGUCAUAUCGCCCUCGUGCAAGAGAGAUAUCUGAUGCUUCUCAAGACAUACCUUCACUUCCGGUAUCCCGACGCAUCCAAGGCCUUGUACGCUAGAAUUCUUCUGAAGCUUCCUGAUCUCCGUGAGGUUGCUGAAUGCCAUCAAGAAUUCGAUAUGAAAUUGUCUGACGAAGAAACCAAGGAAAUACGGGAUCGACUCGCUCAGCAAGACUUAUUGGAGACCACCUUUCUGCCUCGAUGGAAAUUUCAUGAGAACGUAUUUGCGUCCAGGAGUCACGACAAUCAAUAG